UACCGAAUGCAGAACCGCCAACAUCACACAACAAAAUGUCAAAAUCACGAGUUAUCAGGUUAUUGAUAAGAGAUAAAAUUGUAAACAUGUUGUAUGCGCCUAACAUGUGAGGAAGGAAAGUUUAUUUAUCGUAGAAAGCCGAUAAAAACAAUAAAAUCUUUUCCUCAUCAAUUAUGGAUAUAAAUAGCUUACCAUUAGAAACAUUCAUAGAAAUAUUAAUAAAAACAGAUGGUUUAACCAUCGGAAAAUGCCGAAGGGUGUGCAAAAAAUGGCUGGAAACCAUAGACGACAUAGACUAUAUUUGGGAGAAAAUAUGCUGCAAGGAGUACGAAUAUCAAUCGUCUUUAGCUAAACAGAAGUCUGGUAAUGACUGCAAAUGGUACCACAUUUAUAAAAACCUCACAAUGUGGUCAAAAUUAACAUCUUUUGAGAAAAACAUUCGAGAGUUUUACAAAUUCACUCUACAUGACAAAAACCAUGCCUUAGCCAUUGACUAUGGAGUUUUACCUUUGAAAGAUACCAGAGGAAUAGUUUUAUAUGAUAUGAGCACCUUGAAACAUAUACCGGUAGCUGUACCAGAAAAGAAUUGCUUAAAAAUCUCCAAUAAUGAUUUUGCAACAGUCAUACUCGUUAAAUCCGGAAUUCUUCUCCAAAGGACUCCAUUAUCUUUUGAUGAAGACCUACGCUUUAUGACUGAGGCAUUUUUCAAAGCUGAUAACUUCGUGUUACAUGGAAAAGAACUCUAUUUCUAUAACAAUAGAGAUGUUUUUGUUUGUGACUUAAAUAUGAGGAAUCUCGAGUCUAAAUUAAUGCUUCAUUGUGACUAUGAUAUCAAAGAAAUACAGUAUUAUAAUGGUCAACUUUGUAUCUUUACUGACUGCGGGAAGAUUGUCACUAUAUCUAAAGACAGAACUGUUACUGUCAAACCAAUAAACUGCCCGCCAGAAUGGGUGAAACAAAUUAAGUAUGUCCGAGCGAUCAACAGUCGGAACUUUGUAUGUUAUUCAAGGAAUUUAUUCAAAAUUGAGACUGACAAAUACCAGCAUUUGUACCUAGAUUUUCCACCAAUCACAGCACUGUUUUUCUAUGGAGAUUUCGUACUUAUAGGUACAAGAGCCAGUGAGAUUUUACUAUAUAGAUUGUCGAGCCAGAAAAGGGCAACAAAACCUAUUUUUGAGAAACUAGCCGAGUUGCCAGAUGGCAAAUAUGCUGUGUAUUUGGAUGUUUGUGAAAGGAAGUCGGGGCCAGUUAUUGUAGUGGCAACAUUCUUUGAGAUAAUAUUGUUGGAAAUUGAUUUCUUUCCUCAUGAAAAAGAAACAAAAACAAGUUUCCCAAACAACAAAGUGUUAAUGUACAAGCGACUUCUAAGACUUCGAGACCGACUUCGACUUGGAGUGCCCUCGAUCAAAUCUAUCGCGUAAGAUGAAGCUUUAAAAUUAGCCUGUAAGACUAUUUAUUCGAAAACCCAUGUAUUUAUUAGGAAACGUGUUAAUUUAUGAAUUUUUAUUAAAAAUGUUGAUUUUAGUUAUA